GUGAAAUGAAAAUGUGGGAUUGGGGUAAAUGAAAUAAGGCAAGCUGUUUUGCUGUAUGCUCCCAGUCCUUACGUUAAUUCUGAAUGACCAAAAAAAGGAAACGCCAAGAUGAUUUUCAAAAAGUAAAACUAAAAGUUGGUAAAAAGAAACCCAGGUUAGAAAAUGCUACUGUUACAAACUUUAAAACAAAGAGUAUACAUCUGCCUGAGCAACUCAAAGAGGAUGGAACACUUCCAACAAACAAUAGAAAACUCAACAUAAAGGAUUUGCUGUCACAGAUGCAUCACUACAAUGCUGGGGUUAAACAAAGUGCUCUUCUUGGACUUAAAGACCUUUUGUCUCAGUACCCAUUUAUAAUUGAUGCACACCUUUCAAACAUAUUAAAUGAAGUGGCUGCUGUGUUUACAGAUAAAGAUGCUAAUGUACGAUUAGCAGCAGUUCAACUUCUUCAAUUCCUGGCCCCCAAAAUACGAGCUGAACAAAUUUCUCCAUUUUUUCCUUUGGUAAGUGCCCAUCUCUCUAGUGCCAUGACUCACAUUACUGAAGGAAUUCAGGAGGACUCUUUAAAAGUUUUGGACAUUCUGCUGGAACAGUACCCAGCUCUAAUUACUGGCCGUAGCAGUAUAUUGCUUAAGAAUUUUGUAGAACUUAUUUCUCAUCAGCAGCUGUCCAAAGGACUGGUAAAUAAAGACAGAUCCCAGUCCUGGAUACUUUCUGUAAAUCCUAAUCGGAGACUCACUUCUCAGCAGUGGAGGCUGAAAGUCUUAGUGAGACUCAGUAAAUUCCUUCAGGCCUUGGCAGAUGGAUCCAGUAGGUUGAGAGAAAGUGAAGGACUUCAGGAACAAAAAGAAAAUCCCCAUGCCACUAGCAACUUCAUUUUUAUCAACUGGAAGGAACAUGCCAACGACCAGCAACACAUCCAGGUUUAUGAAAAUGGGGGUUCACAGCCAAAUGUCAGUUCACAGUUCAGGCUACGAUACUUGGUUGGAGGACGAGGUGCUGUGGAUGAAGGUCUGUCAUCUCCUGAAAACCUGAAAGGAUUUAUUGAGAUAAUAAUUCCAUUGCUAAUUGAAUGCUGGAUUGAAGCUGUGCCUCCACAGCUGUCUGCUUCUGUUGGAAAUGGUAUAGAGCGAGAACCACUACAGGUUAUGCAGCAAGUCCUUAAUGUCAUUUCUCUUCUGUGGAAACUGUCUAAACAACAUGAUGAAACCCAUAAAUUGGAGUCAUGGCUUCGAAAGAAUUAUCUUACUGAUUUCAAACAUCAUUUUAUGAGUCAUUUUCCAUAUGCCUUAAAAGAAAUAACCAAGCACAGAAGGAAAGAGACAAAUAAAAGCAUCAAGAAUUGCACGAUUCUCUCCAAUAAUGUAGAUCAUCUCUUACUGAAUUUAACGCUAUCUGAUAUCAUGGUCUCCUUGGCAAAUUCCUCAACAUUGCAGAAUGAUUCUGGUUGGAUAGAAAUGAUAAGAAAAUUUGUGACAGAGACUCUUGAAGAUGGCUCUGGGCUAAACAGUAAGCAGCUGAACAGAUUGCUUGGAGUGUCGUGGAGGUUAAUGCAGAUACAACCAAACAGAGAGGCUACAGAGGCUCUUAUUAAGGCAGUUUAUACAUUGUAUCAGCAGAGAGGCCUUCUGCUUCCAGUUCGGACUUUGUUACUGAAGUUUUUCAGUAAAAUCUACCAGAGGGAAGAACUGAGAGCUUACAGACUCAGAUAUCGUAGUAAAGUGUUAUCCCGUUGGCUGGCGGGUUUACCAUUGCAACUUGCUCAUCUUGGUUCCCGGAACCCUGAGCUCUCAACACAGCUAAUUGAUAUUAUCCAUACUGCUGCAGCACGAGCAAAUAAAGAAUUACUUAAAAGUUUACAAGCUACUUCACUGCGGAUUUAUGAUCCGCAGGAAGGUGCUGUGGUGGUUCUCCCUGCAGAGUCUCAGCAUCGAUUGAUUCAGCUUGUGUAUUUUCUGCCCAGCCUGCCUGCUGAUUUGCUUUCUCGAUUAAGUCGCUGUUGUAUUAUGGGAAGACUCAAUUCAAGUUUGGCUACCAUGCUUAUUGGGAUAGUGUACAUGAGAUCUUCAUUUUCUGGAUGGAAGUAUUCAGUUAAAGACUGGUUGAUGAGUGAUGUGGACUAUUUGAGCUUCUUAUUUUCUACACUUACAGGGUUUUCGAAAGAGGAGUUGACUUGGCUUCAGAGCCUUCGAGGAGUUCCUCAUGUUGUCCAGACACAGCUUUCUCCCGUGCUUCUCUACCUUACAGACUGGGAUCAAUUUUUGCACCAUUGGGAUGUAACAGAGGCAGUUUGUCACAGUUUUUUGGUUAUCCCUGCCCGAAGUCAAAGUUUUGACAUCCUGCAAAGUGCCAUCAGUAAGCAUCUGGUUGCAUUGACUGUAAUUCCUGACAGCACAGCCGGCUGUGUUUUUGGUGUUAUCUGUAAGCUUCUGGAUCAUACGUGUGUAGUUAGUGAAAGUCUACUACCAUUUCUGGCUUCUUGUUGCUACACUCUUCUUUAUUUUCUGCUUACUCUAGAGAAAGGGGAACCUGAACAUCUAAAAAAGAGGGACAAGCUUUGGGGGGCCUGUGUCUCCAUUCUGGCUCUCCUGCCUCGAGUCCUCAGGCUGAUGCUACAGAGCCUGCGGGUGAACAGAGUUGGGCCUGAAGAGCUCCCUGUUAUUGGCCAGCUGCUGCGCCUGCUGCUUCAGCACGCUCCCCUCAGGACUCACAUGUUGACAAAUGCCAUCUUGGUGCAGCAGAUCAUCAAGAAUAUCACUACAAUGAAGAGUGGUGGUGUUCAAGAGCAGUGGCUCACAGACUUACAUUACUGCUUCAGUGUGUAUAUCACUGGGCAUCCCCAGGGGCCUAGUGCAUUGAAUACAGUGUAUUGAAGAGGCCCUGUGGUACCUCCUGUUUGAAAUUGUUUAUUCACAUCUACCUUAUUUUGGAGAGAGACUGGUGUAAUAGAUGUUUGUCAUUAAAAGCUAAACUUUUCAAGUAGUUGUUUGUGAACUUUCCUUUGCAUGUAGUAGGAAAAUAAUGCUUGGGAC